AUCCAAUCCCAUGGUAGCUCCUACAAGCGCGUACAAACCAUAAACCCCACAAACUCCCCCUUUCCAUUUCCCAUUUUCCCGAAUCACAAACCGGGUCACGAUAUGGAUCAGGUUCUUACAGUUAUGGUCAUUUCGGUUCUGCUCGGCGCUGCAAUCGCCCUCUCCUUCUUCACGAGCUACUUUGGCAAGCGAAGAUCAGAGGUCCAGUCUAUCGCGAAAGCGGAGUCCCAGUCGGAUCCGAAGAAGCACCAGAGGCCUCCUCAACCCAAGAAGUCUCACUCGAAAGCUCACUCCCAUUCUGCCGCUGACAAGGAUCAAAACAAACGGCAUCAUCCAUUGGAUUUGAAUACUUUGAAAGGUCAUGGCGAUUCGGUCACUGGGAUAUGUUUUUCCUUUGAUGGGCGAAGUCUGGCAACAGCUUGCGCUGAUGGAGUGGUCAGGGUGUUCAAGUUGGAGGAUGCUUCAAGUAGAGGCUUCAAGUUUCUGCGAAUUAAUUUGCCUGCUGGGGGCCAUCCUACAGCAGUUGCAUUCUCCAAUGACGUGUCAUCUAUAGUUGUUGCUUCUCAGACGCUUACUGGUUCUUCUUUAUACUUAUAUGGAGAGGAAAAACCCAAAGCUUCUAAUGAAACUAAACAACAACCCAAACUUCCUCUGCCAGAGAUUAAAUGGGAACAUCACAAAGUCCAUGAGAAAAGAGCUAUUCUGACUCUUGUUGGAACCACUGCAAGCUUUGGAAGUGCUGAUGGAAGUACAAUUCUUGUUUCUUGUUCAGAAGGCACUGAUAUCAUUCUUUGGCAUGGAAGAACUGGGAAGAUUUUGGGAAAUGUUGAUACAAAUCAGUUGAAAAAUAAUAUGGCUGCCAUAUCACCAAAUGGGCGUUUUAUUGCUGCUGCAGCUUUUACGGCAGACGUGAAGGUCUGGGAAAUUGUAUACUCAAAGGAUGGUUCAGUCAAGGAGGUUUUAAAGGCUAUGCAGCUUAAAGGGCAUAAGAGUGCAGUAACGUGGUUAUGCUUCUCUCCUAACUCUGAGCAAAUCAUCACAGCUUCCAAAGAUGGUUCAAUUAGAAUUUGGAAUAUCAAUGUUCGGUAUCAUCUUGACGAGGAUCCAAAGACUCUGAAGGUGUUUCCGAUUCCACUUCAUGAUUCAAGUGGUGCUACUUUACACUAUGAUCGUCUCUGUAUAUCCCCCGAUGGAAGGAUAUUGGCAGCAACCCAUGGUUCGACAUUGCAGUGGUUAUGUGUAGAAUCUGGGAAGGUUUUGGACACAGCUGACAAAGCACAUGAUGGCGAUAUCACAUGCAUCUCAUGGGCACCUAUGACCAUUCCUAUGGGAAAUGGACAAGUUUUGGUUUUAGCCACGGCCAGUGUUGACAAGAAAGUGAAGUUGUGGGCGGCUCCAUCAACCCACUGAUCCUAAAGGAAUCUGUUAUGGGAAUUGUAUGAAGCGUUGGAUGAAGAAGCGUUGGAUCAUACAGAACAUAUUGCAUUAGCUAGCUUGUCUAGUUAGUAGUUAUCAACCUUAUUUCUUUCAAGAGUUGAUAUUCCCAACAACUUCAUCUAUAUACACUCUAGGUGCUAGGUAAAAUACAAGGCAUUCAGGAGCAUAAACUUGAGAAACCUUAAUUUCUUUUCUUUUUUUAUCAGUUGUAUUGUUUGAUUGUACUCAAAUUUUGGUAACAAAGUUCUAUAGAAAAGCAGACGGUGUUUGGUUUUGACUGACAUUAGAAAGAACAGUUUUAUGUUGAGAGUUGAAACUAUUAUGGGAAGGAACCCAAGUGUUCGAGCCAGAAGGCCCCAUGUGAUUUUCCUUGAUCUUGCCCAUACUAGUCACGCGAAAGACUUUGGAGCCUGGAGGUAACGUUUGAAUUGUAUUUCGCCGACUAACGUUUUACUGGCACCACGCGCACACACCCGCCAAGGCCACCAGGAUUGAACAUCACUGACUUCCACUGAAACUCAAGGAAAAAUAAAGCUUCACAGGAUUUAAACUGAGCAAUAGAUCUCCAACUUUACGAAGUUCAUUUCAAAGUACUUUAUGUACUUAGAUUAUUAAAAAAAAUUAAUCAAAAUGGUAAACGAGAAAGAUCCUCUCUCUCUCUCUCUCUCUCUCUCUCUCUCUCUCUCUAUACGACCUUCUAAUCGAGAUAAGGCCAUUACUAGAAUUCUUGAUCAUUUUCAGUUAAUCUUUCCUAAAAAGCAAAGGUUCAUAUACAAAUAGCGCACGCGCACCCUCUGUAAUCUCGCUUGAAUUAUUCACUUCAGUGUGCGGAAGACACGGAGCCAGAUGUGCAAUUCCGCCAUGUGUUCUGUUCCCGCAAACUCGAGCAGUCCCACACCGAGAAAAUAGAAGCAUCCGAAGUGAAGGCUGAGUUAUAAAAACGAAACUGAAGGAAGAAGCAAAGCAUACCUUUCUCGGCCUUUUGGCUAAGAUCAAGUGUAGUAUCUGUUCUUAUCAGUUUAAUAUCUGAUACGUGGCCCAUCGGGUCACACGAUAUUAAAUUAAUUUUUUGAGGGGGAAGUCCCAUCACAGCAGCUUGCUGCUGGGGUCUUCAAGCGUCGCCCAUGUGUUGCACUACUGCAUGGGCCUGGCGCACCCCAC